UGUUGCACCAAUGUUACAUGAGGAAGUUCCGGAUACUGUAGUGACCGGCAGAAAUUUGAGAGCAGAUACACGUAAAACUUCAUCUGAAGAGAUUAAUCGGGCGGAUGAAGGAUCUUUAAACUCAACAGAGAGAAUGGUCGCAGAGAUGCUCAUUGAGCUGCCUCUAGAAACUCGUGUACCAGAAGUAGGUGCGGGAAUACAACCCGGGGACAUCACUGAUCAUUCAAUUUUAGAGACCCCACUCAGGUUCGAUGACAACAUUACUAAGUCACAAUGGUUGAUCCCUGACGAAAUGUUACCAAGCCAAAUAGGUUCGUCAAGUUUCUCUGUGUUUCAUCAAACGGGUCACAAAGAAUUUGUUAUGCCACUAAUGUCUGCUGACAAAGGAAUACAAGAGGCAGUGAUUAAUGCGAAAGUUGUAAUUGCUCAACCAGAUGUUAUUCCAACUAGGAUAGUCAAACCUAAUAAAUACUUCAGUUCACCUUAUAUGACCAAUUACGGCUCUGCAGAAGCUUCUGUUCAAGACCCCCACACCUUCCAUUUUUAA